AUGACACAAUUUAUUGAUCAGACUCCUGAUUGGAACCUCAAGAUGCAAUACUAUGGCGGCAUGCCUCCCCUAGCUGACCCCAAGGAGCUUGGUGGUGCUUAUGUCUAUCUUCUUUCCGAUGUUGCAUCUAACACUGAAUGGAUAUACCAGUAG